AUGGCAUUCCGCUGGGUCAGUGACGAUGGCUUGACUCUUCCAAAUUACAGGUUGCCUGACUUGUCGUCUACACCCACAUCUGCAUUCGGAACGAUGGUCGCCAACAUUCAACUCUUGAACGAAGACGUCCUCAGCGUGAUACGUUGCGUUCCUCUCGCAACGCGACGCUGGUCGGCUCGCCUUGACAUCGCGCGCGAUGGGUGCCGUCGCCCGCCACGCGUCCUCUCUUCCCUACGAGUCGCAACGCCAUCCCGGAGCCUCGAUUUCCACGACUUCAUACUCGGGGAAGACGGAUACCGCCUUCAGUAUAUGCGUAAACUCGCGAUCCCACUCCCGCACAUCCACGACUCAGGCGACGAGUUCUCCCUGCUUGCUGCUGUCCUCGUGCGAGCGCGAAAUCUGCGUUCGCUUGACGUGGUAUAUCAUUCGGACCGCGGGGCUCUGGCGACUGAGGGUGGGCGUGCACUCUGCGAUGCCAUCGUCCUCCUCCAUGAUCUGCGCGAGUUCGCGCUGUGCGGUGUUACCGAGGACACCAUGGCGCUCUGCAAGAAGCUGGCCUGCAAGCCGAAGGUCGUCCGUUUAGAGGCUCAGGAGUGGACUGCCGAGCCGCUGCAGGACGUGGAUUAUGCCACGCUCAUCCGCAUACCCUUCCUACAGCACGCAGCGGAGGUGUUCAUGGCCUACCUCGCGCUUCUUCCCAAACCUGCCCCAGACUGGUCAGCGCUGUGGCCUAGCACACGCACCUUGCGGCUCAGAAACAUGGAUCCGCUGGCGCUCGUAAGGCUGUGCCCGAAUCUCGCGUGCCUCCACAUAGCCUUCACGCCGAUGGUGGACAAUUCGGGAUUCAUUCCGGAUGACCGACUUUUCCGCUACACCACUUCCUUCGCGCACGACGUCACCGCACGCCUACGUGUCCUGGAGGUCUUCGUCAACCACCAAUGGUCCACGCUCAAGGAGCCCCUCAUCACCACGGUGCGCGCGACACAUCCCGUGGUCUUCUCGACACAGUACUACGAGGGCGACAGAGAGUUUUGGGGGCGGCUUGCCGAGUUAUUCGAGCGUUCAGACGCGCGGCUGCGCUACCUCGAUCUGCUGAUGCAUAACACGGUCGCGCUCGCGCAUGGAUGGCUGAGUCGAGCGCAUCCGAGUCGGGUCCCCGCUCCCCGCCUGUCGCCCGAAGCCGGCCCCAGUUUCAACAGCAGAAACUGGAAGUGGGAGCCGCUGCGCGAUGCAGCUCCUAGGCUACUUGCGGAGGGGAUCCCAACCCUCCGCUACGUCGCCGUGUCGUCCAGUGGGUACAUGGCCCAGGACACCGAUGAUCCUGGAUGCUCGAGCUUCCGCGGAUCGCCGCGGUGGUGGCGAGUUGUGUCGGAUGUGAUGACCAAGACGCGCGCAGUAGAGCUGAUUGAGAUCGGUGCGGAAGAAGGGCAGAGGCUAGAUGAGUAUAUGCGCAGCGAGGCUUUCGCGGACACUUUGCAGCUUUAG